AAGGCAGGCCGUCUCCCUGCUGGUACGUACCUAGGUAAUUCACCCGUCGAUCCGUCUGAAUCGGUUCUUGUUAUCUCCCCUCCAUCGGUCCAGGAAAUUUAAUGGCCGGCGGUGGUUGAUCGUUCAGGUGGUGGUGCAGCGGCGCUCGCCCGGCCGGCCGCCGUCCCCGCUAGCUAGCUUAGCCGGCGAUCGAUCGACCCACGAAAUAAGGCGACGACGACCGACGCCCCCGCCGUCCCAUGUCCGCGACGCCCGGCAGCGCCACCGCCGCGGCGGCGGAUGGCGCCGCGUCGACCCCGACCUCGCGGGCGCCCAGCAUGGCGUCGUCGGCGUCGCUCCGGCACCGCGCCAUGAGCGCCUCCUCCAAGAUGCUCCGCAACUCCCUGAGCCGGCGGUCGGGGCGGCAGCGCAGCAGCAAGGUGAUGUCGGUGGCCAUCGAGGACGUGCGCGACGCCAAGGAGGCGGCGUCCGUGGACGCGUUCCGGCAGACGCUGGUCCUGGAGGAGCUCCUCCCGGCGCGCCACGACGACUACCACAUGAUGCUCCGCUUCCUCAAGGCCCGCAAGUUCGAGAUCGACAAGAGCAAGCAGAUGUGGUCCGACAUGCUCCAGUGGCGCAAGGAGUUCGGCACCGACACCAUCAUGGACGAUUUCAUUUUCGAGGAGGUGGAGCAGGUGCUGGAGCACUACCCGCAGGGGCACCACGGCGUGGACAAGGACGGACGGCCGAUCUACAUCGAGAAGCUGGGCGCCAUCGACACCACCAAGCUGCUGCAGGUCACCAGCAUGGACCGCUACGUCAGGUACCACGUGAGGGAGUUCGAGAGGGCCUUCGCCCUCAAGUUCCCGGCAUGCUCCAUCUCCGCCAAGCGCCACGUCGACCAGAGCACCACCAUCCUCGACGUCUCCGGCGUGGGGUACAAGAACUUCAACAAGGCUGCGAGGGAUCUCAUCGGCCAGCUCCAGAAGAUUGAUGGGGAUAACUUCCCUGAGACCCUGUGCCGGAUGUUCAUCAUCAACGCCGGUCAGGGAUUCAGGCUCCUGUGGAACACUGUCAAGUCCUUCCUUGACCCCAAGACCACAGCCAAGAUCCAUGUUCUCGGCAACAAGUACCAGAGCAAGUUGCUGGAAGUCAUUGAUCCCAGUGAAUUGCCCGAGUUCCUCGGGGGCACUUGUGUAUGCGAAGGCGGAGGUUGCAUGCGCUCCGACAAAGGACCGUGGAAGGACCCUGAAAUCAUAAAGAUGGUGCAAUGUGGCUUGGGGAGAUGCGGAUUGAACAGCUCAGACCCUGCCAGUGCCGAGGAGAAGAUUGUCACCGAGGACGAGGCCGCACCGGCUACAAAGAAGCAAGAGUCGAUGCGCGCCGCCGACUCUCCCAAGGUGGUGCGCGACAAGAUCGAACACCCGCCGCAGAUGUCUCCCCUCCAUGAGGUGGCGAAUGAAGAGACGAAGGCUGCGCCUUUGGAUGGACAAGGGGGGAGCUCCGCGCCCUACGACGAUCUCUUCCCCAUGGUGGACAAGGGCAUGGAGUUCAACUGGAACGGCGAGAUGAGCGCGGAGAAGCUCGCGCUCGCGAGAGAUAUGUACGCGUCGCUGCCGGACGCGUACAAGCACGGCGACGCGGGGGACCGGCAGGUGGUGACGGGGUUCAUGGCGUUCGUGAUGGGGGUGGUGGCCAUGUUCCGGGUGGGCAAGAUCGCGCCGAAGCGCGCCAUGGACGCGGCCAUGGGCAUCGCCACCAUGGAGGCCAUGGCCAAGAACCGCAAGCUCCUGCAGGCCCAGGGGCAGGGAGGGGGCGGCGGUGGCCCGGUCGUGGUGGCCGGGGUGUCGACGGCGCAGUACGAGGCGCUGGCGAAGCGGGUGGGCGAGCUGGAGGAGAAGAUGGCCGCCCUCGGGUCGCGGCCACCCGAGAUGCCCGCCGACAAGGCGGAGCAGCUCGCCGCCGCCGCCACCCGGCUCGACACCCUCGAGGCCGAGCUCGAGGCCACCAAGAAGCUUCUGGAGACGUCGAAAGGGCAGCAAGAGGAGGUGCUGGCCUACAUCGAGAAGAAGAAGAAAAAGAAGGGGAUGCAGAACCCAUUCCGUUGGUAAAGAAAGGAUCGCCGAUGAACGACGGCCAGGCGACUGCAGGAGCAAGGAAGGGAGCAAGGCAAGAAAGAGAAAGUGAGAAAAAUGCACCAAAAAGGAUACAUUACAUACAAACAUACAUACAAUCUGGAAUGCCGAGGUUGAAUUGUAGUACCACAUUAGGCUACAAGAUUUUGUAUUUUGUUUAUCUUUGUUUAUCUUGGGAGCAGAGAUCGAACUGUUUCAUGUGAAAUUAGUCGCAGCACUCCAAGCAGGCAGGGCCUAGCUAUGCCGAUCGCGUCUUGUCGAAACAUAUUUCCUGUGUGUUUAGAAGAAUUGUAAGGCCUUUGUCUUUAUAAAGACUCUGCUCAGUUUUGCCCUUCUGGAGAAUGCUAUGUAACUGAAACGUGGGGACACAAAAUUGGUGAUGCCAUAGCUACAAGAAUUCUUUUGGUGAAACAAAUCCACCAUGUUCAAGUCUGCAUUGCGUAUGUACUCUGUGUUAAGAAAACUUUGCAUCCUAUGAAACUACAAAUAGUUCAUCAAGCCUAGUCCUGCGUAUUGUCAGGCUUGUGAUGGUGAAAGCGUGUAUGUAACCAAUAAGUGGAUUAAACAAAUUGCAGAACCAAGACAGGUUAGCAACGGCAUUGUGCCUGCAGUUCUGUAUUUAUAAGACAAGACCGGCUGAAACGGGUAUAAUUCGGCCCAAAAACACAUUUAUUUAUGUCAGGAUUUUCUGUCCAUUUACAAACCCAUGUCUGUCUUUUUCACAUUUGUCAGGAAAACGAACGGAUCAACCAACCGUUUACAUCAUCUCAAACGCCAUCUCCGGCAUCUCAGAAAAAGGAAAA